GGUUUCGGCGUCGAAGCAAACGCCAGCUCCACCGAAAAUGUUCAUGCCCUGGAGGAAGUACAGGACUUCGACACCACCGACAUGGGCGAUCCAGAGGGUGGCACCUUCACAUAUCGAAUUCUUCCCGAACCCAUCCUGUCCCGCGAGCUAGCUCGCAUGGCUCACGCUACCACCCUACCAAGCACCCACACAGACCACGUUACCUUCCAGCCCUGUUCGCCGCUCGAGCAUGAGAACGAGGAUCGACUGGUGGCAGAAGAGUGGGAUAUACCUGGUUACGGCUCGUGGAUCUUCAACGCUGUCCUCGAUGGGCACGUCAACAGCUUCACCGUCGACUAUGUCACUCAAAAUCUCCCGCGAAUACUCCGUCGCGACUUGGGCAGUGCGCUGGCAGCGCUGAGGAAUGACGCAGGGCCGGACGCGCCGUAUGACGGCGUAGUGCCACGCGUGCUGCAGAAGACUAUUGUCUACGUAGACGAACAAAUUUACUACGACCUCACCGCCUCGCCAGAGACCCUCGUCAAUCACUUCGCCGCCGACACCGAAGCCUACCAGCGCGCCGCUCGCUGCCUCGGCGGCUGUACCGUCGUCCUCUCCCUCACCGACCCUGCCCGCCGCCUCGCCUGGGUAGCCGCUCUCGGAGCCGUCGUCCGCCGCUCGAGAUCCACGAUGACUGGCACGCACGUGAACAAACUACAUAACGCUCGCUCUGAGGAGGAGGUCGCGUAUGUUCGCUCCUUACAUCCUACGGAGCUGUCCGUCAUCUCGGACGAGCGCGUCCUGGGGUAUCUGGAGCCCACGAGAGGCUUCGGCGACAUGUGGCUAAAGCGCCCAAAGCUCGCCGCCCUUCUGAUGAGCGUCAACCAGGAGUGGCUGUCCACCUCGAGUUUAGCGGAAUACGGCGUACAGGUCCUCCACCCCCCGUACAUCCUGAACACGCCCGACGUACAUACGAUACGACUAGACGAGCCCAAUGUCGACGAGUACUUCCUCAUCCUCGCAUCGGAUGGCCUCGGAGACUGCGACACUUACGUCGAACUAGAACCGCUAAAUCUAGCCGUCGCAUGGGCCAACGUCCUGCACGCGGAGCUCGCGAAAGAGCCGACGACGGAGAUCAACUUCGCGCUUAGCUUGCUGCGCGCCGCACUCGGCGGUAGCGACGAGCGCCUGGUCUCGCGGAACAUGACCGUCGAGAUGGACGACCGGUGGAUGGACGACACGACUAUCAUUGUACAACGUAUCCAGAAUCAGAGUCGGAGCAGACAGUAUAAGUAGAUAUAAACCAACAUGCGCGGCACGGGCAGAGAACCUACUACACUUACGACCUACACAUGACUAUGUAACUGAGUAACUGACAUUCCUGAACUUCGUCACGGUCUGCAUGUUGCAAAGGGGGCACACAUCGCAGAAGAGCUGCGCCAUCGGCCAGGAAAUACUCACAAAUCCUAGUCGCUGCACUUCCAUGAGCAUGAGCGUCGUCGAUCCAUGCCCGCGAUGCGCGUACGCCAAGAUAUCGUAGAUCUGUUCCUUCACAGGCAAGCGUUGGAAGACGGACAGCCAAUCCAAGCCCUCCAGAUCCAUCGGCGGCAGCGCCCUAUACAUCGC